AAGAAACUUACGAAAAUGCGAUUUCUGAGCUUUUUGUUAUCUGUCAUUGCAAAUUAAGCCUCUUUAAAAUGAAACAUUAAUCCGGCAGUAACAAAUUGUGAGUUAUGUGAAAAAUGCGCCUUUGAAGUGAAGAUAAACUAGGAAAGUCGGUAACCAACAAACUAACGUAACUAUUAUCUGCUAUUAGGUGAUCGAAAUUAUUUAGCAAGCGUUACAUGGUGUCCUAUAUUAAUAGUCUCACUUUUAAUUACUUUCAGGUCGUGAAAGCUGUGAAUUACCAUAAUCUGAAAAUAAUUUAAAAUGUACCAUGAUAUCAAGAGGCAGUGGUGUGUUCGUGCCCAUGUAUUUAUCUAAGAGCUUUGUAUCUAAGUCAAUAUCAACAUCGUACAAGUGCACUCACCAGUCAUGAUCAUGGCCUCCCAAAUCGUGCUGAUUUCUGGUUGUUCUACCGGAAUGGGACUCGCUACAGCGGUGUUUCUCGCUAAAGAUGUUGACAAACGCUUCAAGGUUUACGCCACCAUGAGAAAUCUGGCGAAGAAAGGACAACUGGAGGAAGAAGGAAAGGACUGUCUUGGAGACACAUUGAUCAUCAAACAGAUGGACGUGUGUAGUGAUGAGUCAGUCGAGAAAGCUGUAAAAGAAGUGCUGGACGCUGAGGGAAGGAUUGAUGUGUUGUUCAAUAACGCCGGUAUCAGUUUGUUGACCCCCAUGGAAUGUGUUCCCAUGAAAAUUGCCAAGGAAGUGUUUGACGUGAACUACUUUGGAGCUUUUCGCUUGAUCCAGGCUGUGCUUCCUGGAAUGAAAGCGAGGCAAAGCGGGCUUAUUAUCAACAACAGCAGCCAUUUUGGAAUUGUUGGAAUACCUUUUGUGGAAGUUUACUGCUCGUCAAAGUUUGCCCUUGAAGGUCUGACCGAGAGUAUGGCUCCGAUACUUCGUCAGUUCAAUAUCAGGUGCUGCUUGUUGGAACCAGGACCAGUGCAGACUCCUAUAUUUGAGAAAGCGAGCGACUGGAUUCAAGAAAACCUGGACGCAACGACUAUUGACCCCAAGACCAAAAGUCUGUUUGAAGCGGCGCAAGCAAAUUUGGACCGCGCAUUCAGCGACGCCAUGCAGAACUGUGAAGAAGUUGCACAAAUUGUAAAGGAUAUAAUAUUAGGGGAAAAGAAAGAUCUGCGAUGUCAAACAAACCAGAAAUUUGAGCCAGAAGACAUCCCUGCUAAAUUAGCUGAUGCUACGGGAAAUAAAUCAGUUGAUGUUAUAACUGAGCGUUUUUUUGGCGGGCAGUAAUAAUAUAAAAAAUCUGUAGCGGUUAGUUAGGUUUGUUAUCAGUAAAUGUACCAGAGUUCAUGACCUGCCCAACGAGUCUGUUGAAAAUUCACAGUUGGUGUGAUAUCUCACGAUUUUUACCGACUUAACUAAGUGUGGAUGUAGAUAUAGAUGUAGACUGAUAUAAUUAUGUGUAGCAAUGAUCAGAGUAAUGAUGAAUAAAGCGUUCUAAGAAACAUAAA